UCUCCCUCCCCUUCCUCUUCAAAAUUUUCUUAGUUUCUUUCUCUCUCUGUUGCUACAGUUAUUUCCAUGGAAGCAUUCAACUUCAAACCAGAGAAACUCAUAAUGUCGUCAACAUACAAUAUUUUCACCGGCAUCACUAAAACGCUUCGUCUUCUCGAGCUGUGCUUAGUUCUCCUCUUUUUCUUUUGGAUCCUCAACCGUCUCCCUUUCGCUCUCAGUAUCUCGGCAGACUUCCUCCGGAGUCCUCUCUUCAUCUUUGCCUUAUCCAAUGCCAUCAUCGUUGCACUCCUCUUCUCCUCUUCCUCUGCCGCCGAUUCUGCAUCUCCGGUAGAAGAGCGGUUAGAGUGCCAGGAUAAGCAGAUUCGUGAGACGUGUUCGGAAGAUGUAGAUUCAUGUGCAGUAACCGUAACCGAUUCUGGUAAUUUGCAAGGAAAAGUUUAUUGCCGAAGUCAGUCUCUGCCGGAGAUUACGAACGAAGAAGGAGAGAAUGAGAAGGAUACUUCGAGUCGGAAACUACAGAGAUCGGAAACGGAGACGAAGGUGCGGGAAAUUUUGUAUCCGCAGGAUAAGUUAAGCAAUGAGGAAUUUCAGCGUACGAUAGAAGCUUUCAUUGCAAAGCAAAUGAGGUUUCUAAGGGAGGAGGAGUUAUGUUAACCUAAAUUAACAUUGAAAUUGAAUUAAUAAGAAAGGAAAUUAGGAAUUGAAAUCAAAACAACUAUUCCUUUUUAGGCUUGUGUUAUGUGUUAGCUACUGUUUGUUAAUGUUAUUGAAGUGAAGAUAAAUUAGAUACAACUAUAUUAUUACUGCUUAGUGCUAGCUAGUUAAUGCUUCCAACUUCCUAUACAAUCCUCCAGCAGCAGCCGGCCUUGCAUACUGCGUAGCGGACAGCUAAAAGAAAUGUUAAGAAAAAUGCUUUUAUGUAAUUCUGUUUUAGCUUAUGAGAAAGAUUCAAACGGGCUUAAGUGGA